AUGAGAGAGCGACCAGAUCUCGAGCUGCCCGAACGGGUUCCGGAAAUGGAGCACUACCACGAUUCGCCUAUGGAUCUGCUGCCAUUCGCUCUGUAUGCGCUGUCCAAGAUCGACGACAGCCGAGCGGAAGCCUACCGGCAAAUCUGCGUGACGGGACUUGAAGACGAUCGGGUACGACUUCCACCACGGUGGGACUUUCACGAUGAGUCUCUGCGUGCUAUCGUCCGGUAUCAUGUCGAACUUGGCCGGCAGGGCGAGUGGGAUCCAACGUACUUCAUCGUUUCGGCCUAUGCUGAUUGUAGCACCGUUGUUUUGGUCACUCUCGACGAUGAUGAUAUGGAAUGCAGAUCUGAUCUAUUGUGGACGUCAAUGGAUCAGUCUGGUUUGCUGUGCAACGAUUUCCAGAUUGCAAACUCGUCCUGGUCUGAAGCGAAGGAGGAGGAUCUGGGAGGACCACAGUGGUUCCAGCCCGGCCCCGGAGACCCAUCUGCUACACAACUCGACAAUCUCAAUGAUGGACCUGCCGCCAACCCCCCAGGUCAUAUAGAUUAUGGUACAGCGCCACCAGUUGGCUUUCAUAUUCAAUUGUAUGCUGUCGAUGGAACGGACGAGGACAGACUGCUCCAUGAGAUCCAACCAGGACCGGAAAGCCAGAAGCGAGAUCUGAGCCAGCAAAGCUGCAAACUCCAACACUUGUCGAUCGCAGAGGGCCAUGAUCCCGCAAGAGACGCCGCAAGUUUACAUCCUUCUCGCUGUCUUCAGCACCCAACGCUGCAGAAGAAGUACUUCCUCAUCGCCGACACUCCAAAUUACACGGAAGAUGGCGUCCAAGUGGUCCACGUAGAUUGGGACGGGAAGUUGGAAGGAAGGACGUCCGAAGAGUUGUUCGAAAUUGGACAGAAUGCCAGCAUCCAGACGCAACGGGCAGAAGUCUCAGCAAUCGCGACUCGAGCAGCUGUGCCUUUAACACUGAUGAUCGCGCAAGGCUAUGAGGACUGGGCGCCCAAGCACAAGCUUUUCGCAGUAUAUGCUGGCGAUUCUGCCGAUACCGAUAUUCACAUCUCGCAAGCUGUAGAUCCUCACUGGGCAAACCGCGGGCAUGGCCAAGAUCGAAUUGUCUUUGGCGGAUUUCUCAAAGCUCCCGAAAGCGAGGAGCCUCGAUUCUGGCGCAGUCUGUUGGAGAAGCAUCUUGCAUGUUGCAGGGCGAGGAAAUUCGUUCCAAAUUUCACGUAUCAGUACUUGAUUUGGUGUGGCGAGCAGCCGGUGACGGCGGACAGUCCAAUCUUGCUGGUCAAGCUGGAUUGCGAAGGGGAUCUGAGGUCGCUUGAAAUGUUGUCUGAGCAUGCGGCGGGCGGGAUCAGUACCUGGAGAGCUACAGCUAAGGAUGCACACGGCAUCUUGAGCGAUGUUGUUGAAGGCAGAAAGGCUUGGAGUGGUCAGAGCUUGUAA